AUACCAUUAUUUCAAGAGUUAGCACCCAGUUACGUUAGCUGCGAAGUUUGUGCUAGCGAAAGUGUCCUGGGCUGUGGUUACUUCCUCAUAGAGUGACGUCGGCGAAGCUCUGUAGCCAUUCAGCGGAUUUUUGGAGUGGCUCUGCAGAGAAGCGGAGACCGAGCGGUGGACAGCGUCGGUGACAGGCGAGAACAACAAGCCCCCAGUCGCUAGGGCGGGGGCGACAGGACGCCGUGGAAAACUUUGGGAGGUGGAUCACAGUGUAAUGCGCAACUGUGAGCUGGAAGGAUCCUGACAGCUCGGCUUCUCAAUCGGGGGGACGCGGUUCAGUUAUUAUCGUCCCGCGCCCCCUGAUAUUUUUGCCUUGAUAGUGGUUGAAGAUGUCCUUAAUAAAUAUUGACGAUGACCAGAGAUGGGUGCCCACGCACGUCCAGGUUACAGUCCUCCGUGGCAGGGGACUGCGGGCGAAGGGCAAGCACGGAACCAGCGACGUUUAUACCGUUAUUCAGGUGGGGAAGGAGAAAUUUACCACCGGGGUUGUGGAAAAGACGACUGCUCCAGAAUGGACGGAGGAAUGCGCUUUCGAGCUACUACCCGGAGUGCUGGAGGUCGGGGGACAGAGCGCUUAUCCCUCCGGGAGCAGCGACCUGAUCCUCACGGUGAUGCACCGAGCCUUAAUCGGUCCUGAUGUGUUUCUUGGACAAGUCGUCAUACCACUGGAUAAAGUCUUCCAAGACAGGAUAUGCCUGAGAAACGAAUGGUACAAGCUGCGCUCAAAGUCAGGGAGGAAGGAGAAGGAGAGGGGGGAGGUGCAGGUGACGGUCCAGUUCACCCGCAACAACCUGACGGCCAGCAUGUUUGACCUGUCCGUCAAGGACAAGCCGCGCUCCGCGUUCGGCAAGCUGAAAGACCGCGUGACGGGCAGGAAGAGGGGCGACGUGGAGUCGGCCUCCGCCAUCGUGCCGGGGGGUUACGCGGCCCUGCCGAGCGGCGGGAGGCGGCUCUCUGGGGAUGGGAAUGACGGCGCGGAGGACGACGAGGGCCGGCGGAGCAAGGUGAAGAGCUUCUUCCUCAAGGGCAAGCUGCGACGGUCGUCGGACGCGCAGUCCAGCACAUCGCUGGCCUCGGAGUGCAGCCUGACGUCGUCCCCCGGGGGGGGCCUCAGCCCCACCGCCGGCACGGCGGCGCCGGUGCCUGACCUCUCCAACUCCCCCAGCGAGAACAAAAACGCACCCGCCGAGAGCAGCCCUGCGCAUGCCAUCCAGCCACCCCCGAAGCUGAUGACCCACAAGCGGGCGUUCAGCGACGAGGCCAGCCGGGUGACGGCGGCCCUGCCACGUCCGCGGGCGGUGGAGACGCUGCGGGCGCAGAGCGCGGCGCUGUCCCGCUCCACGCUCUGCAUCAACGGGGUCCACGUGUACGGGGGGGAGCCCCUGGGCCCCCUCCCAACCUCUCUGGGCCUGCUGCAGAAGUGCGCCCCCCUCUCGCGCUCCCUGCAGAACCUCGCCCGCAGGGUGGAUGACCCCCGCCGCAGCCCCGGUGCCGCCCGCCGCUGGUCCUUCGACCGGUCCGGGAAGGAGGAGAAGGUUCCGCCUCCGGGGCCCGGCCCUGUGAGCCAGCCGGAGCAGGCGGCCACGCCCGCAGUCUCCAUGGCUGCGGCGGGGGUGGAGCCAGGCGGCGAGGGUAGAAAGCAGAAGAGGAACCUGUUCUCCCAUGGGAGGAGCGAUUCUGCGGGAAAGGCCUCGGACACGGCAAGGGCAGAGCAGGCGCCGGCCCUGCUCUCUGCGGACGAGAGACACAAGGGGUGGUUCAGCGUCAAGGAUGCGCAGAACAAGCCCAGCCAGGAAGUGUCUCCUAUGGUAGAAACCAGCACAGAUGCACUGUGUCACCCCUCACCUCGCUCCACUGAUCACCUGCUCCCCUGCUCCCCUCCUGCUUUCGCUUCGCCAGGCAGCACGCAUCACGCUAACCCCUUCACCCCCUCUCCCGUCACCCCGCCCAUGUCUCCCUCCAACCCCUUUUUCAGCCGCCUGCAGUGCAACCCCUUCUAUGAGGAGCUCUUGGCUGAUCAGGUGCUAAAAUCUGCCCCGCCUACUCCACCCCGCCCUUCCAGCUCCCCGCUCUGGCCUUCCGCAGCUUCACCCUCUUGGCCUGGCGCCCCCAGCCCUGCCCUUAACUCCACUCAUGGGGAAGGCGUCGUCUCUCGGAGGGAGCGCCCGGGGGCCGUGGCGAGACAGAGGUCCCUCCCCGCGAUGCUUCCUGGGGCAACAGGCUCCUCCCCCAACCCCUUCGCCACCCGCUCCGUGUCGGAGAGCGGGUGCGAGUGGGAUGAGUCGUUCGACGCCUUCGCCGCCAGCAGGCUGAAGUCGCCGCGUGGCCCCGCCCCCUGCGCUUCUCACAGGAGGAACGGUGGGCAGCAGGAGUGGCCGGUGGCUGGAAUCGCAGAGGAAGCGGGAGAGGGCGAGGAGCCCGCCCCUGCCGGGAAGCCCCCGCCCCUGCCCCCGCGAAGACCCGUGAGGACGCCGGUGAAAGAGGGGCGCAGGGACAGCUGGCUGGACAGGGUGCAGGAGAUGGCGGUGAAGAAGGAGGCGUGUCUGCUGUCCCAAACGGACGCGGCCUCCAUGCUGCACCGCAGGGAGGGGGACCGCAGGAGGAACACGCCCUGCUCACCCCAGGACCUCGUUUUAGACCGAGAGGCAGAGAGGACGCCAAAACUGCACUCGAGACCCUCUGACUCUGCCUCAUCCCUGAGGCUUGUGCAGGAUUGUUCUGUGAAGAGAGGCCCUGUCGAUUCUGCGGUUGUGCGAAGCCAGGGCAUUUUAGAGACAUCAGGAAGUGAUGCGGACAGAUUGGCAUGGAACUCUUUCUCUGAGCAUCAACCUGAUUCUGAAGCACCAGAGCCCAACAAAGAACUGAUCAUGAACAAUGCACUUAAUUUCUCAGCCCAAGUGGUCUCUAAAGAAUUAGGCCAAGAAGAUUCCACAAGCCACUUUCCCUCUGUUUGUGGAGAAGAAUUUGAAGACAGAGUUCCUCCACUCCCCCCAGAAAGGCACUCUAAUAAUUCAAACUCUGAAAUCUGUAGAGCUGAGCUUCUUUCUCUUGCCACUAUCCCAGCUGACAAACCUUGUAUGGCUAACCAGGAGAAAUCGGGUAUCACUGUAACUAAUUCACCUUAUAGUUGCACCUUACUUCCAAGUGCUAAUGAUGCCAAGGUGAUUGAUUCGCUUCAAGUUAACACUCAAGCUACCAAUAAAAAUCUUGGCGAUUUGCUUGUCAACAGUGAUGCUGCUUGCUUUCCCUCUGCAAGGAUUGCUAAUGCCUUUGAGAUUAACAACAACACUGGCAAAGUUUUCAGCCCGUCCCAGUCUGCUGCUGGAGUCUGCCCAGUGGAUUCAAGGCACCCAAACAAAUGCCACAGCUCGAUUGCUGACAUCUUCUCAGAUUACAAUUCCGUGGUGUCGGUAGGCUGUGCCGGCGAGGGUGGCUGCUCGCCUGUCGCUGUCCAAGGUCCAGCUGUAGGAUCUGCAUUUGGGACAUCCAAAAACGCUGCUAAGACUCUAGCCCUCGAAUCAGAUUUCUGUGAUUCUCCAGAAUUGUCGAAAAACACGGCCGUUUCCUUGCAGAGGGAGGUUGGACAUCGUCCCGGUACUCCAGGUGCAGGUGGUAAUCCGAGCCUGCCUGUCUUGGCUGGGGAAGAAACGCACUUGCGGAAAGCUCACAAAGAGAGCUUCCAAAUGGAGUGGUCACCCAUCACAGCAACUGGAGAGAGCGUGACCGAUUCAGAGACACCCUGCAAUGCCUUGGCCGCAGAAGCGGCUGCAGAUAACACCCUCGAACGGUCCUCUGUUACGUUAGAUGCACCGUGCAGCGAUUUCAGUUUCAAAGCCCCUAUUUCACCAUUUUCGUGUCUUGAUGAUGUACAUGUAAAUGUAAAUGCUGAUGACGGCUUGCAAAAAAAUCUUAAAGAAGAGGGAGGCGACAGCUUGAAGGGGUCAAACAGAACCCCACUGAACAAUUUGACAAGUGGCGGCGAUUUAGCAGCCAGUCAUUCACAGGCAAAUGACCCCAGUUCUUUGACGUCCGCUCACAAAGAUGCGCUUAACCACCAUAUUCUGGCUGAAAGCAAAACUACUGGAAAAACUACAGAGACGGAUUCCAUUUGCCACUCACCAAAAAGCAACUGCAGCAAUAACACUGAGCUUCCAAAAGCUGAGGAAAAUGGCAGUGCUUCAAUUAACCCCUUAUGCAGCAUAAUAGAUUCUUCCUUUGUUGAACUCAACCUUCUGGAGGCACCACUUCAGCAAGGUGGGUGCCACAAGCAGGAAGAAAGCGAGCCACCACCCAAACCGCCCAGGAUCUUCAACGAGUCCGCGGCAGCAGACCAGCAAGCAAAAGAGAGGCCUGAAGAGGGUCAGGAGGGUGCAUUUCGGUGGCAGGAAGGAUGUGGAGACCCAAGUGUGCUGGAAUGCUUGGAGGGCACACGGGAGAUCAGCUUCGAGGCCCUCCAUGCCAAAGUGGCGCCAGGUUUGAGACGUCGAUCUAGCGCCGAUCCGACGGCACCGGGGCCCCUUUUGCAUGGCCUCGCCCCCCGGGCUUCCUCCGCCCCUCCCCCAGCGGCUGAAACUAACCCCCCGUCCACCCUCUUCCCCUCGCUCAUCCCAACCCCCCCUUUCGUGAGGCCACCAGCAGGGACCGCCCAGGCCGCCGCCCCCUCCUCCACUGCACCACCCGCGAUUGGCUCAGCGCACAGGGUUCUGCCCAAGGAGACACGCCCGGCUGACAGCUCCCUGUCCCAUCAUGUGAGCAGCCCCCACCCAGUGAAGCCACUGACCUCUGCAACCUCCCAGGGAGAGAAGAAGCCAGAGGGCCGCUCGGUCCUGGUCAGCGGGUUGGAGAAGCUCAAGUCCACCAUUCACCCAGGGCGGGCCUCCCAGCCAGGCGAGACUGAGGCUGAGAGAAACAAGGCCGAGGGUGCGGCACGAUACGACCACCUGACCAACAACGAGAUCAUCGCCCUGCUGCUGCAGCGGGAGGCGGAGCUGGAGAGGCGGGGGGCGGAGUCGGAGAAGCAGGGGGCGUUGCUGGAGAAGCGGGAGGCGGAGCUGAAGAAGAUGAAGGUACAGGUGCGGGACCUGGAGGACUACAUCGACCGGCUGCUGGUGCGCAUCAUGGAGCAGAAGCCCACGCUCCUGCAGGUGCGCUCCAGAUACAAGUGAAGACCCC